AUGACAUCCGCUUUCAACCCUAGAAAUAUCACAAUCAGUCUCUCUCAAGAGCGUCUCGUAGCCACACAUAUUAUUUCGGCGGUGGCCAAGGUCAAGGUGUCAUCACCAUUGAUAGCAUUUACUUUACUUUGUUUUCAAUGCGCUUUACUUCAUCCGUCUUUUGCUCAUUCCCGCUUGUCUCGUAUGAUACGGAUCAGUCUGACACCAAUUAACUUCUUUACCAUGCUUAGUUUAAGUUUUCAAUGCAUUUCCAGACCUGCCGAACCCUCUGAUAUGUUGAAAGAUAUGUUUACAAUGUCAUUUAUGUGGUUCAUGGCUAUCAAGUCAUUAGAGUGGGGUUUUGCAAAAGGCUCUUAUUAUACGAGGAGCCUAGUGCAAGUAAAUGGUGUGGAACGAUGGGAAAAAGUCAAGGGAAGUGACGAAGCUUAUAAAAAGUUGCAAGAAGCUGAACCCUGCAACGUGUUUAAAUUGGCGAGCUGGACAUUAUUACAAGUUACUUCCUUCCGAGGCCUUCAGUUCACGUACGGUCCUGCUAUUGCUGCGAACAACCAAAGCACUUUUGAGCUGCUGUGGAGGAUGUUUCGAGUCAACACAUGUCUUUCCAUCGCCCUCAGUUUUCUCGUCCUGACUCGCGACGCCAGCCUUGGUACUCCCAAAUCAGCUCUCCUGUCAUUGGGUGUUCCGAACUUUCCUGGUUUAAACCUCUUGUCAGAGACUCUUUACACCGCUUGCUUCGGUAUAUGGGUCGCAUGCUCAGUAGAUAAUAUGUUUAACUCUCUCACCCUUUUGGCUACAUGUGCUCACAAGAUAGCGAUAUCAUUGAAUUGUCCUCAAGAUAUACUAGAGCUUUGCGAUCCAAAAUAUUUUCCAUCGGCCUUCGAUUCGCCACAUAAAUCUAGUUCAAUCGCUCACUUUUGGGGGAAAGGUUGGCAUACAAUAUUACAAAGGAUGUUUUUAAUCAGCGGUGGAUUGCCCAUUGCCUGGCUAGUGAAGAGAUUGGGAGCAAGUCAUCGAGUUGUGAGAUUAGCUGGAAUGUUUGGUGUGUUUGCUUCUUCGGCAUUCCUCCAUGAGUACGGGGCACUUCGAACUGCUCAGCGCGUGAAUCCUAACCUAGACCUUUCAACUUGGGUUCCCGGAUCGAUUAUUUAUUUCAUGCUCCAACCUUUAGCUAUCUUGGUAGAGCCUUUUGUGAUACCACUUAUCCCCCAAAGAUUGGGAGGUGGACGACUCUGGGUGUGGACUUUUGGUCUUCUUGCCGCUUUCCCUUUUCGCGAUCAAUUUUUGGUCGGCAUGAGAAUUCACCAAGAUGUACCUCCACUCGAAAAGUGGUCAAUGAUCUACAUGCUAAAGCCUGUCAAAAUGUGA